AAUGGGAAAAUACCCACUCUACGGGCAAACUUAGCGUUGAUAUGAUCUGAAACAUUUGCAUGCGGUAGUUUUCCCCUUAGAAACUUAUUUAUUUAAGACAUCUUCACGAAAUUUUACAUGGAUUAUUAUCCAAGGCAAAUAUACAAUCUCUAAAGAAAUUGUUCAGAUCGGACCACUAUAUCAUAAAGCUUUCUGGUAUGGAUUAUUUGCCGACAGUUAACGUGGAAAUACAAAUUUUGAGCCUUCAAGGCAUAUUAAUUACCUAAAAGAUACGUUAUUAAUGGAGACAACUUCCAGUUCGAAGCAAACAUACUCUAAACGAAUAGAGGCAAUAAGAUAAGAAUAUAACCGCUACAUGUCAUUCGGCCAACAAAUACAAUAAACCGCUAGCAAUUCGUUGGAAAAAAGCUGUUGCCAAAUCAACUGCUCGUCAUUUAAUUUCUAGACAACACAAGUCCAAUACCUUUGUCGUUUUGUCCAUUUUUAAUUUUGUUCCGCGCUUAAAUCGCAAGCAUGUUUCCCUCCACGGUCAAGAUAAAUGGUGAAGUUAGGAAUGUCAGGUGUUUUAUAACAGAUCCGGUAAACCACCAACACUUCAUCGACGUAGAAAGUGUUAUAAUGGAUCCCCCUAAGGAACCAGUACGCAGAGAAUUACAUGACUCAAUUUUUACACGAGUGCGGCAACUUCCAGAGAACGCUGUUGGUGCCACAUUAGACCUUACUACCGGUCAAUACAGUUAUAUAUGGAAACCUGACCUUGGGUGUGUAUCCGACUCUGAGUCCAUAAACACCUCAUGUAGUGAAGAAUCAAUAUUCGAAGAAGGAAAUCCAGCUAGAAAACGUUCGUUUAAUAAACGAAUAUUGUCGAUUGUGCAGAAAAUCGACGAGAGAGUAAGUGAAUUCCGUGCUGGAUUGGGCAAUCAGCUAAGGGCUCUUCUUGACGACAAUGAGAGGGGGAGGGCUUGGCAAGUUCGUUUAAAUACGGUUUUAACAUUGCUUACCGAAGAAAUGGACCUACAUUGACUUAUACAUGCAGACAACCAAAUUGCUUCACAAUUACUAUAUUUUUAAUUGACCGCACACAAGUGAACGGCACAUAUUCACGCUUAUUUUAUAUUUUUUAUUAAGCAUUCUUUAAUUACCACUUUUAACCACUAUUGUUUUCUGUAUAGUAAGCAAUGUAAUUUUCAAAAUUUUACUCUUUUUCCCCUGUUUAUUAUUUCGAUUCAUUUGCACUUUUUUGUUUGUAUUUUUCCAUCCAUAUUAUUUGUAAUUGUUUAUACAGCAUUUGUGUAUUUAACUUGAACGACUUAACUAAAAAAUAAUUUCGCGUAUAGUGUUUGUUUGUAUGGUUAUAGAUCUAUCAAUAUAAUAAACCCGUUUGGGCAAAUCA